UUGUUGCCGUGCAGCUCCAUUACACGUGUACGCAUCCCACGGCCGUCUUCUCUCUCUCUCUCUCUCUCUCCAUUCUCUCUGCUUCAAAUUGUACAGACAUGGCUCCACACAAAUGGGGUUUCUAUCUUUGAGGUUUUGAAGCUGUUUCUGCUACUGGGAACUAGACUAAGCAAUCUAAAAAUUAGAAUCUAAUUUGAAGGGUAUAUAUGACCAUGCAUACUGUAUAUCUCAAAGAGCAUGAAGGGAUUGUCCAAAAUCCCACUGGUCAGUUGUCAUCGGGUGCGGUGCCUUGGUGGGGUGGGAUCGGGUCUCAAUCAGCUUAUGCUGAAUCAUUUGGCCAAUUUAAGUCUUCAUCGAUGGAACACCCUACCAGUGGAGGCCAACCGACUUCCACUAAGCAUGCGGAGCAUGCUACAGAACUAGGGCUGGAGAAAGGGAAUACAACUCAAUUCGCUAUCUUUCCAGUCUCUCAUUCAGGUGAUUGCAAAAAUUCAGCAAACAUGCCCAUGAAAUCAGCUCCAUCAGAAUAUCGUGGUUGUAUCGAGCUAGGAUUUGGCCAACCUGUGAUCUGUGCAAAGUAUCCUUAUGGGGAUCAGUGUUAUGGACUUUUUUCAACUUAUGGAGCUCAGAUUCCGGGUCGUAUUAUGCUACCAUUGAACCUGACGACAGAUGAUGGACCGAUAUAUGUAAAUGCUAAGCAGUAUCAUGGAAUAAUCAGGCGCCGGCUCUCGCGUGCCAAGGCAGAAUCGAAGAAUAAACUUCUUAGAGCUCGUAAGCCAUACUUGCACCUGUCGCGUCAUCUCCAUGCAAAGCGCCGUCCAAGGGGCUGUGGUGGCCGCUUCCUUAACACGAAGACUUCAAAUGGUGAUAAAGGCGGAACUGAGACAGAAAAGCCUCAACAUGGACGACUUUGUCAACCCGCUGAAUCUCAGGAUUCUGAAGUUUUGCAAUCUGAUAGUGGAAAUUUGAAGUCACCGAAGAGAGCAAAUGGCAAGAGAUCAAAUCUUUCAGGGUCGGAGGUGACUAGUAUGUUUUCCAGGGGAGAUCUCAAUCUCUUUGCUUUCAAUCAUACCCUGCCAUCUGUCCAUUCUCUCUCUGAUGUGAUGAAUACUGGGCAUGGGAUGUCCAUUCCCAGUAGUAAGUGGAUUGCAGCAGCUGAUAACUGCUGCCAUCUCAAAGUUUGAGAGCAAGGGGACAAGUGGGGUCCAGUGUCGAAUCGUCGGAACGGGCCCCACCCUUGCUGCAACCAAACGAAGAAGCUUCGUUGCAAUGCAACGGGUUUUGUUUGGUUGCUGAUUUUGAGGCAACUCAUCCUUGGCUAAUGAAAAGGCAAUUCAUUCUUGGCUCAUUUGCAUUAAGGUUUGCCUUUGCCAUUCCAUAGAAUCUUGCAGUCUUUGGUAUGGUUAGACAUGCUAGAACCUUAAGGCAGUUAAACAGUAGACAAAGACUAUUAUGAAUGGGUUUGUUCCCCAUUAUCUGAAUAAUACCAUGAAAGUGUGGAUUUCAUGUUUGUAAUGUUGAAGAAGUUGAUGUUUGUUGAAGUUUGUGUUUUGAGUCUGAAUUUCAAACUUCCUGGUGAAGUAAUGUAUCAUAAGACUGGUUUAGACUUAACAUGUUGUCCACUUGUCAUGUGUAAUUAUAUUAGCAUUAUGUAUUUUAUUGUUAGUUUUACAUUGAGGACA